GGAGUUUAAUGCUAGUCGAAUAAAAAAUGGCGUCCAGUGAAGUUAGUGAAGUUUUGUAUUCUGAAGAUGAUAUCUCAAUGGGGAUUCACACAGGGCUCGACAUGCCUGUCGAAUGUGUGCAAGAAGUCGUCACGGACUCGACCUUCCCCAUGUGCGACAGCCAAAUCAUAUACGGCGACGAACUCAUCGUUUCUUCUGAAGAUGUUCCUCAAAGUGAAGAAAUCGUCGGCAAUGUGGACGAUCACCUCGUUGGACUAUACGACGGUGUCCCUGUACCCAUCCCCAACGAUCUGGAUUCCAACGAACUACGUAAAUUUGUCAGAAAACCUCAGAAACUUCGUCGUAAACACGAUAUUUUCGACGAUUUUGAUUCGACAAAAAUCCGCAAUUCUCAUGGAACAUGGCAACAAAAGCAAGUUUCGAUAAAAACCCUCGAAGGAGAAUUUUCAGUGACAAUGUGGGCCUCAGGUGUCGAUGACGAUGUUGACCGGAAAGAUAAUAUUGACAUCCUGGAUGCUGUGGAGGAGGUGUCGGGGGACGAAGAUGCUGAUUACACUGAAUACAUGACAGUUUUCAGAAUAAAACCGAAGAAAGAAAGAGAUGAUUCUUUGGUUCGAACUAUCGGCUGCCCGCAUAAAGGAUGUUGUAAAAUGUUUAGGGAUAAUUCAGCAAUGCGGAAACAUUUGCACACGCAUGGUCCACGUGUGCACGUCUGUGCCGAAUGUGGGAAAGCUUUUGUAGAAAGCAGUAAAUUAAAAAGGCAUCAACUGGUUCAUACUGGAGAGAAACCUUUUCAGGGUUGCAAUAAGAAGUUUGCGCAGUCCACCAACCUUAAAUCUCAUAUUCUCACUCAUGCCAAGCAGAAGUCGGGUCGUCAAUCUUCAGCUCCCUCCCCGGAAUCCGUCACAAUGAACGAUAGUUUACUUCAACCACAGUUUGUACAUGUAGAGGUUUCGAGUCCAGACGAGCAGUUUAUCGUGUACACAGAAUAGUUUUCAACAAUUUUAUUUAAAAGAAAACAUUAUUGUGAAUACAGUCCCCCCCCCUCACACUUGAAAUUUUCGUCAUAACGCCAAAUAAUAGGAUACUAAACCUAUACUUAUUGAAUCACUUUCAUUCUUCCCAGAUUGCAGUACAGUGCAUAAUUUGUAAACAUAAAUAUAUUCAUCCAGGAAGGUUUAAAACAUGAAACUUGCUGCAGUACGUUCAAUCGUCAACAAGAUGACAAUUUGUAAACAAACGCGGAAAAUUAGAAAAGUAUUCAAUAUUUUCUAUCCAAUAAUUUUGUCUCUUCACCCUGUUAGUGGAAGAGCCGUAAACUCAAAAAAUACUGGAUUUUGUCAUAUUGAUAAAAACAAUUUUUAGUCAACCUUAGUACCUUACCUUAUACACUAAUAGAUUAUUUUUCUAAAUAAUUGGUUAGAUGUAAAACUGAAAAUAUUAACUACGCAAAUUAUUAAAUUUAAUAUUACACAAUGCUUCGUCAAUUUUGUAAACAUUCCCCUGGGUUAUCAAUCUUAUUUCAGAGACAUUGGGGAAAUGUAAUUGAAUUGUUUAAGAAUGUCUGUUCUGAAGAAUUAAGCAUCUUAAUUCAACAACGAUACAUUUUUUAAAUUCUUAACAGAUACAAACCUAUAGGGGACAAUUUGUUAACAUUUUUGAAAUAUGAAGUUUGAAAUAUUAUAUUAAAUAUUGUUAUUAUUUUGAUGUAAUAUAAUCCAUAUUGUUACUUUUCAAGAUCUCAAUUAAACAAAAUGAAGAAAA